AUGGCCCUGUACCGCGAAACCGUGGAUUUCUUAUCCGAUUCCAUCUCGAACCAGCGAACCCAGCUGCCCCUGCUGGCCGUCGCCGGAGCCUCCUUCACACUUGGCCUGCUCCUUCGAUCACUCAUCCCCCAAAGUGAGCAUCGCGAAACAGUGCUCCUGUCGCCCCGGGCGACCGUUCUGCCCGGCUUAUCGGAGGCAGAAAACCGCAAUCUGCCGCUCCCAAAUGACGUCCUGCCAGGCGCGCGCGAUGUUGCCAGUCCGUAUGGAUCCAUCCGGGUGUAUGAAUGGGGCCCUGAAGACGGGCCCAAGGUCUUGCUGGUGCAUGGGAUUACCACGCCGUGUAUCGCGCUUGGUGGGUUGGCCCAUGCGCUGGUGGACCGAGGUUGCCGUGUGAUGCUCUUCGACCUCUUUGGGAGAGGCUACUCCGAUUGUCCUGCAGACCUGCCGCAGGAUGACCGUCUCUUUGCCACGCAGAUCCUGCUGGCCCUGGCAUCGUCGCCCGUUUCAUGGACUGGCGCUCAAUCGGGCAAAUUUUCUCUGGUCGGAUACUCCUUGGGCGGUGGUAUUGCCGCAGGCUUUGCGUCUUUCUUCCCACAGCUGCUGUCAUCGCUCGUACUGUUGGCUCCCGCCGGCUUGGUUCGCGACUCGCAGAUCAGCUUCCAGAGUCGAUUGCUCUACUCUCGCGGUCUGAUGCCCGAACGCUUGCUUGGGUAUUUGGUUGGCCGCCGACUGCGAGCGGGACCUCUGGUGGGGCCCAAACCUAAGAGCGAGAAGCUCAAUGCUGCCGAUGCACUCACCGAGGAGCUGCCGACGCAGAGUGCUGCCAAUGUCCAGAUCCUGUCUCGCGCAUACCCGCAUAUCAAUGUGCCCUCUGCCGUUGCAUGGCAAGUCAACAAUCAUGCCGGCUUCGUCCAUGCGUUUAUGUCUAGUAUGCGCCAUGGACCGAUCCUGGGACAGCGCCAAUGGAAUACGUGGGCUCGACUUGGAACUUAUCUUACCCAGAGCAGCGUCUCAGGUAACCCCGGAGAGAAAAGACUGUCUGGUGACAAGGUCCACAUUCUGGGUGGUAGCAACGAUGCAAUUAUUAUUAAAGACGAACUUAUCGUCGAUGCCACCGCUGCCCUGGGCGGAAACGCAGCGUUCAAGUUCUACGAUGCAGGCCACGAGUUCCCCAGCACCAAGUAUGAAGAGGUGGCCUCAUACAUCUGGUACUUGCUUUGA